AUGAUAAGUUCAGAGGUUGCAGAAGAUAUUUGUGUAUCAUUGUCUUAUAAUGAGGAAGGUGGUAUAAUGGAUUUGAUAAACUUUGAAGAAGGGGAAGGGGAAGGGGAUGGUGAUAUUGGUGAAUUAUGUCCAUACGAAGGUGGAGAGGGGAUGGAUGGAGAUGGAGGUAAUAUGGAAGGGUUUGGUGUGGUUCUUGGCCAGAGUGCAUACAAGACUCUGAAAGAUGGUCGCAAGGUUAAACGCGCUGUUACAUGGAAAUGUGAGUGUGCAAGUUUGCCAGACACUCGAAGGAGGAUUGGUGGUACAAGAUUACCUAGGGAGUUGGAAGGGGAGCCGAUUGCAACAAAGAAGUCGAAAAAAUGUGGUUGCGAAACUGGGAUGUAUGCAAGUUUAAAGGAACAUGGUAAGUGGGAGAUAGUAAGAAGGGAGUUGAAACAUGAACCCCAUAAGGUAUCACCUUCAAAAUCAAUGUUGGUGACAAAAUAUAGGUUGGAGGAUUUGGAAAAAAUGUGGUAUGUGAGGCGUAAACUGCAUUUUGGAGACGAUGUGGGGAUGCCUGCUGCUACAAUGCACAAGUGGUUGGCUAGUGAGAGGAAUGAGGUUGAGAAUAUGCCCUUUACUAAGAAGGAUGUGAGUAAUUUGAUAUCAAGGGAGAAGAAGCUGAAAUUGAAGGAUGGGGACACCAAUUCCAUGAUGAAUUAUUUCCAAAUGAUGCAAAAGAACAACAAGAAUUUCUACCACAUACACCGGGUGGAUGCCAACGGGGUAUUGCAAGAUGUGUUUUGGGUGGAUGCGCGUAGCAAAACUGCAUAUGAGGAUUUCGGUGAUGUAGUGUGGUUGUUCUCCACUUGGCUAGAUGUCGUUGGUGGUAAACCUCCCGUUGCUAUCUUGACGGAUCAAGAUCCCGCUAUGCGCAAAGCUUUGAAAGCAGUGAUGCCACAAACAAGACAUAGAUGGUGUUUGUGGUACAUCACAGAGAAAUUUGGGAGCAAGCUAGGCAAGUGUAGAGGGUAUGCUGAGUUCAAGAAUGAGUUAGAAAAUAUUAUCUAUGAUAGUUUAUUUUUAGAGGAGUUUGAAUUGAGACUCUGUGAUUUUGCGGAGAAGUAUGUUGCUGCAAUGGAACAACGUAUCCAGUCGGAAAGGUUGGCAGAUGCAAAUUCGGCUGUGUACCAUCGUGGGUUAGUCACUGAUUUUAGGAUUGAGGAGAUCUUCAGGAAUUUUUACACAGAUGCAAAGUUUGUGGAGGUCCACAGGGAGUGUAAACGGAUGAUGUGCUGCAAUGGCAGCACCAUGAGAGAGAUAUCAUAA